UCAAAUAACAGAAUUGGUUGCCUAACACCAGAAAUGUUUGUUGGACUUAACAAUCUUCAUAAACUGAAUUUAUCAGGGAAUAUUUUUUCAAGUCUCAUGAAUGGACUGUUUUCUGAGCUGCUAGCUCUGAAAGCACUACAUUUCAACUCUGAUUCACUCAUUUGUGACUGUAAUCUCAAGUGGGUCUUGCAAUGGGCCAGAAAUGCUUCAGUUCGAAUAGCAGAGGAAACAGCUUGUGCUUACCCUAGUGCUCUACAUGGACUGUCACUUUAUAACCUGAAGGAAAACCAGCUGAUAUGUGCUGGGCCUCUGGAACUUCCUCUUUUUGAGCUGAUCCCAUCACAGAGACAAGUGGUUUUUCAUGGAGACCGCUUGCCAUUUCAGUGUACGGCAACAUAUGUUGACAAUACCACCCAAGUACAUUGGUACCAUGCUGGUCGCCUGAUCGAAACAGAUGAAGAAAGUGGCAUAUUCGUGGAGGACAGCAUCAUUCACGACUGCUGCUUAAUUACACGUGAACUUAUCCUGUCCAGUAUUGACGUUGAUGCGACUGGAGUCUGGGAGUGUCUAGUCAACAAUUCCUAUGGAAAUAGCACUAAACAAGUAGAAAUUGUGGUACUUGAAACAGCUGCACCCUACUGCCCUGCAGAAAGAGUUAUUAACAACAAGGGAGAUUUCAGAUGGCCCAAAACUUUGGCUGGGAUAACUGCUUACCAUCCUUGUCUCCAGUAUUCAUUUAACUCUGUUGCAUUCCACAAUGGUGCAGAAGAGUCUAAGGCAUGGCGGAAAUGUAAUCGAACUGGACGCUGGGAUGAAGAAAACUAUUCUGAAUGUCCUUACUCACAAGAAAUAACUCAAGUUCUUCAUGCUUUUAGUCAGAUGCACAUCAAUAUGACAACCGUGCUUGAAUUUUCCCGCCAGCUGACAGCCUACACAAGAGGUGCUUCCCUCUUUGCGGAUAAAAUGGAUGUAAUAUAUUUGGCUUAUAUAAUGGAAAAGUUAAUUGUCUUCGUGGAUGAAUUUGAAGAUAUUGGAGAUGCUCUUAUUGAAAUAGCCAGCAAUAUAAUGUUGGUUGAUGACCAUGUGUUGUGGAUGGCCCAAAAGGAAGACAAAGCCUGCACCAGGAUUGUACAAUGUGUGGAACACAUUGCAAGUCAAAUACUGACCAAUAAUAUUCAAGUUAUAUCAAAGGUGUCUCGUAAUAUUGCUCUGGAAGCCUUUAUGAUCAAGCCUUCUAGUUUCACAGGAAUGACUUGCACUGCCUUCCAAAAAAUAUCAGCAAAUUCUGACAAGUCAGUGACACAUGAUUUGGGAAGCUGGGAAGCAAAUCACCAUCCUGAUACACAUUUGAAUUUCAAGUGCAACACUGGCAAUGUGAAUAGUUCUUUGGUGAAUUCUUCUACCAGG